GACGUAAACAGAUAAGAUAGAUGCAGAAAGAAAAAUAUAUGAAAUAAGACAAGAGCGUAUGGGGGAUUGAGAUCAUUUAAUGCCCACAUGAGCUUCAUGUCCUAUAAAAUCCCUGACUGCCCUUCUGUUUUCUUCAUCAAAUUCUGCACCUUCCCUUCAGAAAUAUCAGUUUCUGAAAGUUUGCUUGUAGAAGAAGGCUGUUGCAAAUUCUCGAAUCCAGUUUGUUUUGCUUCUUUUGCUCUCAGUUUUGCCGCAGAUAGCAUGCAGUUCAAUUGCAGAGAAUGAAGGUCUGAAGCUGGUUGAGUACAGGCGACUGUGGGUUGAUUUGAUUGGCCCAGGUGGGAAGGUGAAGGGUCUGAAUUCCAUUUUUCUUGACAACGAGCAUUGUAGACUUUUCCAGAGUGGAGUUGGCCAUGCAAGGAGAAGAAGAUGAGCUAUUGCCAACCAUGCCUGUUCUACCAAGAUUGGACCGCCUUGAUCGUCUGCUGCAGUAUCUUGAAGAGAGACGGAAUUCAUCUGAUGCACAUUAUUCAUGUUCCUUCCCAAUAAACACAGGGGUGGAUAAACAAUGCAAGCCUUUAUCCUCCGUGCUUGAGGAAGUUCAUUUCAAAGGCACAGUCAUGGAACGUGUAGCAAUGCUUGAGAAUCGAGUAUUACAGUUAAGCCUGGAGAUGGAAGAAGGAAGUACAUCAAGCUCUUCCACAAUACCAACAUCUGAAAAAAUUAGGAAUGUUUUGAUUAAAAAGGACAAUGGGGAAGUUCCUGACACUCUUCACCAAAAACAAGACCACUACACGGUUCAGGAGAAACCCUUUGAAGAAACCCAGAUGCAUAAGCCUCCAAAUUGCAAGAAAAGCAGCAGGCACAAAAGAACUCAGCUGCUACCAAGUUCUAGAAAAUGUCUAGGAUGGUUUCCAAUGGGAUGUUGAUGUACAAUCAUGUCAUUCUAUAAAGUGUGACACAAUGAAUAAGAAAUGAAGUGCAAAUCUAAAAUGCUCCAAUAUAUCUAGAGACUAUAGCAUCAUAUCAGCUCUAUCAGCUUCUUUCUGCCCAUUUGUAUGGAUGAUCAGCUUUAGGAAGUUUUCACA